CAGCGCUGUGACGUCAUUGUGCUGUAUGUCUUCCAGCCCCAUUCCGGUGCGCCGUUCAGCACCGACACGCUGGACAGCUCCGGUGGGCGGAGCCUCGAGGGGGCGUGUCCCGACAACGCCACGCCCCCCCGUCAUCACGCUGCUGCCACGUGACCAGCCGGUACCAGUGGGCGUGGCUUCGCUCCGUUCCUCCUUUCCCAUUGGCCACCCCGUGUUGGGGGCGUGGCCUGGAGCCGUUACCUGGAGACCGCGUGUCUCGGCUCCAUCCUCGCUCUCCCAUUGGCUGAGGCCGCCCGGUUCCGGCGGAGCCGCGCUCAAGAUGGCGGCGGCGCUGGAGGCGGCGGUGGGCACGGCGUGCAGCUGGGGGCUGGCACCGGCUCUGGAUCUCCGGCAGCACCUCCCGGACACCGACAGCCGCGAUGUGACGGCGCUGCUGGUGGGGGCGGCGGAGGGGCGGCACGUCCUGCUCACGGCAGCUCGCAUUUACCGGGAGCCGCGCUCCGCCAUCACGAUGUUCGUGGCCGAGCAGCGCCCCGAGCCCGUGGCCCGGCAGCUCCUGUUCCUUCUCCUCGCUACCACCGAACCGACGGGGAGCAGCGGGCUGCGCGCUCGCGCCGCCGCCAUCUUGGAGCUGCUGGGCUCCGUCCGGCUCCGUCCCAGCACCGACCGGAUCCUGCGCGGCGCUGCCGGGCGGCUCCGGAGAUGGGUAACGGCAGGGGGGGCGGCGGGAGCCCCCCCGGAAUGGAGCUGA